UAAACUUCUAAUAAUCUAAUCUGUGGUAAUUACUUCAUAAAAAUUGUAAUGUUUUAUUUUGAUCAUAAAUAAAAAAAAUAUUUACUUUGUGUUAUAAAAAAGCAAAAGUAAAGUGCUAUUUCUCAAAAAUUGUUAAAUAAAAACUUGUAUAUUUGUAUUAUCAAAUAUUCAACACAAAAAAACACUUCCAAUGAAAGUCACAUCGAAACUAGAUUUUGAUGAAGAUUUUUCAUCAAUAUGUGAAUCUACGGCAGCACUAACUGAAGGUUGCCGACUUCCAGUUCGCAUGCACAAAACAGAUGAUUGGCCACUAGCUGAAAUUGUUAGCAUCAAAGACAGCGAAGGAAAACGACAAUUUUAUGUUCAUUAUGUUGAUUUUAACAAACGCUUAGACGAAUGGGUCGAAGAAGAAGAUCUCGACACACGAAAGGUUCAAUUCCCACGACGGGAUGGCACCACGACCGGAGCAAGCACUGGUGUUACAACGCCAAAGAAACAUCAUUCUUUAGCUGGAACUGGCAGUGUUUCACGACCUGCCAGCCCCGUUCCUCUAAAUAAUGAAAUUGUCAAUGGAAAUGCGGUUCUUGCAGCGGCGUUACAAAAGAAAAUCAACCGAAAAAGAAAACUAACUCCACAGGCCGUGCCAGUAGUUGAAAUACCAGAAGAGAAUUCCCAAGAUGGACUUACUCCUCGUCAGUCGGGUAGUAUGGUCAUCCACCAGGACGACGUUGUUACUCGCAUGAAAAAUGUCGAGAUGAUUGAGUUGGGUCGGAAUCGCAUCAAACCUUGGUACUUUUCUCCUUACCCUCAAGAACUUUGCCAAACUCCCUGCAUUUAUAUUUGCGAAUUUUGUCUUAAAUAUCGCAAGAGUAGAAAAUGUCUCGAACGCCACUUGAUCAAAUGCAACCUGCGACACCCACCUGGUAAUGAAAUCUAUCGAAAACAUACUAUUUCUUUCUUUGAAAUCGAUGGCAGGAAGAAUAAGGUUUAUGCUCAGAAUCUCUGUUUGUUGGCAAAACUCUUUCUUGACCACAAGACGCUCUAUUACGAUACUGACCCGUUUCUUUUCUACGUCAUGACUGAGUUUGAUUCUAGAGGCUUUCAUAUUGUGGGUUACUUUUCAAAAGAGAAAGAAAGCACUGAAGAUUACAAUGUUGCUUGUAUCUUAACUAUGCCACCGUAUCAACGAAAGGGUUAUGGCAAAUUACUGAUUGAGUUUAGUUAUGAAUUGUCCAAGUUUGAGGGAAAGACAGGUUCACCAGAGAAACCAUUAUCUGAUUUGGGUCUGUUGUCCUAUCGAUCGUAUUGGGCUCAGACAAUACUCGAGAUAUUUAUUGCUCAGAAACCGUCAGGGGAAAGUGAAAAACCUCACAUUACAAUCAAUGACAUUUGUGAAGGAACGAGUAUUAAAAAGGAAGAUGUUAUAUCGACUCUUCAGAAUCUUAAUCUUAUCAACUACUACAAAGGGCAGUAUAUUGUUUGUAUAAGUCGUGAGAUUAUUGACCAACACAAAAAGGCAAUGGACAAUAGAAAGAUUCGAAUUGACUCGAAAUGUUUACACUGGACGCCAAAAGAUUGGUCGAAACGCUCAAAAUGGUACAAAUAGAUUAACGAAAGAGCGCAAAAUUGUUUCAUCUGCUUUUGUUAAAAAUCUUGUCAUUCGCAGAUGAUUGGAAGGAGAUCGAGAUAGCGGAUAACACUUAUUUAUGUAUCUGUGAAAAAUUUUUUUAAAGAUGUAUUUUUUUUUCAGAUUUAUUCAGAAGAAUUUACCUCACUGAAGAAGCAAUAUUGUGUUAACUUACAUAUUUUUUUUUUUUUUUUUAUUAAAAUUUAUGCCUAAAAUAUUAAUUUAUUCCCUAUCGAAAGGGAAAAAACUUAAAUGUUGGUACUUUUUUUUGUAUUGGUUCGUGUGGUUUAAGAACCUUUUUUUCUUCUUUUCGGUUCAUUUUAUAAUUUCUUUAAACAGUCGCUUAGAAUCUUCGUUUUUCUUUUUUUUUUACUUUCGGCACUACUUUUUGGAAGAUUUAUUAAU